GUGGUCUUCGAGAAGAUGGCGGCCUUCUAGGGUUACAUGUGCUUACCUGGAGACAGCUGAAGACUUUAUGUAUUGGGAGAACAGAAACACGUAAAGGGGAACAGGAUGUUACCAGCUCCUGCAGAGUAUCAGUACCUAUGGGAAAUAGUCUCAGGAAAAGUGCCUUCUGGAUCCACCGUGAGGACAUAUGGAAGGCUUAGCAGCUAUGAUUUCACUCAAUCAGAGGCAGUACUCACAGCCCAGCACUCGGCAGCUCAGCACAAGCUUCAUGUGAACACCAAGUUUGUGGAACCAUUUUCUCCCCGUCUCGGAUCAUAUUACAUGGCACUGGGAGAGCUAGAAUCUGGGGAUGAUACACAUCUUGUACUGUGUGCCCGGUUGCUAAAUUGCAUUGAAGGCUUGGACCUCUCCCUUUUGCAAAAUGGAAUAGAAGAACAGAGAAAAUACUUUCUAGAGAGAGAAUGCAGCUCAAGAACAUAGCUGAACAUGGAUUUGUGGGAGCUCUAUACCCUGUGUAGAUACCAGGCUUGGGCUGAUGGCCUCUCUUGGUAUAUGAUAUCAUGGGAUCUUAUUUCAUUUGUAAGGGUUCAGACAUGAUGCGACUGUCACCAUUGUAGAAGGUCAUUAGAUUGUGCUGCACAUAACACAGCCAGAAGAAAAGAUGUUGUGGAACAGGUUGGAAUAAAGUAGAUUAAGUUA